AGAAAAAAGAGAGAGACAUGAAGAGCACUCUCAAGGGAGAAUAUAAGGAAUCAUGCAGUUACAGUUGUAGGUGAGAGAGGUUACACAGCUUCAAGGUCUCAUCAAUGGAGAAUUCUAACUCUUAUUCUCCUUAUUCCUCAUCCUCUGUCGACAGUACUAAGCCCUCACCUUCUGAAUCUUCAGUUAAUCUCUCUCUUAGCCUCACCUUUCCUUCUACUUCUUCACAAAGAGAGACAAGCCAAGAUUGGCCACCUAUAAAACCUCGUUUAAGAGACACACUAAAGGGUCUUCGUCUUCGUCAACGCGGUUACCACAGAGCUCUCUUUGUUAAGGUUUAUAUGGAAGGAGUCCCCAUUGGGAGAAAGCUCGAUCUUUCCACAUUCUCAAGCUACGAGAGUCUAUUAGAAAAUCUGUCUCACAUGUUCGAUACUUCAGUUAUCUGCGGUAAGCGAGAUAUAAAACACCAUGUCUUGACAUAUCAAGACAAAGAUGGAGAUUGGAUGAUGGUCGGUGAUAUUCCAUGGGAUAUGUUUCUUGAAACAGUGAGAAGACUGAAGAUCACAAGACCGGAGAGGUGUUAAAACUCUGUUUUCCACAGUUUUGGGAGAUUUAGGAAUUGAUGAAGAGUCUACAUGUGGGACAUAACUCUUGCUGCAUAUUAGCAACAAAAGUCAAAAGGCCUUAAAGAACUUGGAGGAUUGAUGCAUAUAUUUAUCUAACACCUAUGAGUGUGUUUUUUUCCUCUAUAUAUAAAUUAAAAAAAAUAUCCAAGAGUUUUUUUUUUUUUCAUGUUUGCAAUCGUGUACCUUUGGAUGUGUACAUGACCGUGAAGAAACACACGAACGUUGUUGGUAGCACGAACAUGUAGAGAGAGAGAGAGAGAGGGAUUGAUUCUCUUUGUCUUGUACUCUCCUUGAUUCAAUAUUUAGUGACUAAGCCCGUCUCAAGGCCCAUAUAUCCGACUAGAAAGCCCGUAU